AUGUCCGCUCUGGAAGUGCGACGGGCGAAUGUCAUCUCAAAGCGGCACAUUAUUCAACAGACCCGACGAGUGUUCCACAGCCAGACCAUCAGCCAUUUAUUUCGUAUCGCCAUCUCGCUUGUUCUCUUACCACUAGACAACUUGAUCCUCUUCGUGGCUGUGUUGUUGACCUAUUUGUCGCCUUUCUUCCGACGGCUGGAAGCAUUACACCGGCGAAAGAAGAUACUGCAGGACCUGCAAUUUCGACCGAAGACCGUUCUAGUUACUGGGGUGGAUACCCCGCACGGCCUCCGGGUUGCGCGAUGCUGGUAUAAUGAAGGCCACCGGGUGGUGGGUGCUGAUAUUACAGACGCCAGAUGCACUUCUGGAGAGAGUAUGUCGAGGGCCUUUGCGGCUUACUACCGCAUUCCCAAAGCGCAGUAUGUCUCCAGGCUGCUGGACAUCGUGCUGAGGGAGAAGGUGGAUAUAUGGAUUCCCUGCUCGCGCGAUGCGUCUGUUGUUGACGACGCAAUGGCAAAGCAAGCAAUUGAGAGCCGGACGAGCUGCAAGUGCAGCACUCUUAAUACCGAUCUAGCAAUCCAGUGGGGCCAGUUGGAGACAUUUAUCCCAUACCUGACCGAGCGCGAUCUCCCGGUUGUCGAAAACCAUCAGGUCCAGUCGCGGGACUCUAUACACAAGAUCCUACAUCGGUCGCCCACUAAGGUCUAUCACAUGCGCAAACCAACCCCGCCGACUAAUACGGAGGCGGCCAUUGUAUUGCCGAAAAGAACCAUCAGCUCGACAUACACCGAAGUCAGUCAAAUCCAAGUCUCCAAGGACAGCCCGUGGCUCAUGCAGCAGCAUGUUCGUUUGGGGGAGUUCAUCGCUGAGCUGUUGAUCGUCUGCGGCCACGUCACUGCUAUCAUGAUCCGUCCGGCUAGUCGAGACUCAGUCUGGGGUUGUUCACCUCUGCACGAAGGGCUUUCGGCAGCAAUACAUAGGGUCGUGGACAGCUUUGCAUCAAAAAGUGGUUCUCGAGUAACCGCACACCUCGCCGUGCGAUUGAUGGUAGACGAAGAGUUGACAUCGAACUCUGUACGCUAUGAGGUAAAUAUUGCAGACUGUACUCAGGGCGCGGCUGCCACCACCCAUCUUUUGCAGGACACACCUCCUCAUGCUUUGGUCAAUGGAUACUUGGCGGCAUUAUCAGAAGAUGGCAUACCGAAGGCUUCAGUAAACGCAUUCACAAGUGAAAGCUUCUCUCGGCUGCCGAGCGUAUAUGAAAUUAUCAAGAGUUAUGAUGUCCGCAAGGUGCUUCCCGCGCUUUACCCUCUUGCGCAAGGAAUUGAUUGGGCGGUUGAUGAAGCAGGCAAGCUGCUGGUGUUCUGGAAGAACUGGCGGUUCUCAAUCGCGGACCCGUUGCCAUGGUGGUGGCAUACACAUGUUUACUGGCCACUGAGAGAGCUCGACCUGCUGCUCCAUUCGAAAAAGCAGGCUGAUGCUUCGCGAACGUAA